AAGUUCAGAAGCUCUAGAAGCGAUGGCGUCUUCUCCAGAGACCUCUCUACGCAAGCGAGCGGCAGCAGCAACGCUCGAAGAGCUGGAGUUGCAGGACAAAGCCCCAGAAGCGGCAGCCACCGCAGAGGACAACGCCCCAGAAGUGCAUGCCCCCGCAGAGGCCUCCCUGCGCAAACUGUCCUUGCAGCAGUUGAGAGAGAUGGCCACGAAGAUGAAGGUUUCUAAGAAAGGCACCAAAAGCGAGAUCAGGGCAAGGCUCCAGGCAAGGCAGACCCAGGCCUGCUCAACCAAGGGGGCAGGAGCUGCACCUGCGUUGGACGAGCGACGGGGAGCGCAGGCAAUUGCUCAUGUGGAGGCUAUCGCCGAAAGCCAGGUGGAUAAAGAAGCUCCAGUUGACCUCACGUCGCCAGGUGGCUGGUCUCAAGAAGGCCCAGUGAGCCGUGCGACCCGAAACUUGCAAGUGCAAGUCAGCAAGCUCGAGCCCAGCAAGCGUGGUGGGCGCAGUGCAAAGAUGGCUGAUAAGCCAAAGCCGAAGAAGCGAGCUGAGCCUGUGUGUCUGGACGACAGCGACUUCGGUGGGCGCAGAGCAAAGAUGGCUGAUAAGCCAAAGCCGAAGAAGCGAGCUGAGCCUGUGUGUCUGGACGACAGCGACUUCGAGAUCUCGCGCUGCUGGCUGCAGGCCCAUGCCAAGAAGUUUGCCCAAGACUUGCAUGAGAAAGAGGACUUCACUGGAAACCGCGUCAGCUUUUCCAAGAACUCCUUGCUGGCGUUGCAGAUGUCCCUUGAGAUGUUUGCGCAGGAGUGGAUGACAGACUGCGCCCUAUUGGCGCAGACUGCGCCCUAUUGGCGCAGCACGGAAAGCGCACCACGGUGUGCAAGAGUGAUCUCGCGCUCUCCUUGCUGAUGCGCAACGAGGGCUGGGUGGGCGGCAAGCGCAAGGAAAUUCACGAGGAGGUCGAGGCGGCGCGCGCUCAGAACAAGAAGCUGCGGAAAAGCCAGCGUGACUGUGCUGAGGUGAAAUUUCCGACGGUCAGGCAGAUUGAGAAGAUGGUCUUCGGAGAUUGAGCCUGCAGCACAUGACAGAUCGCGUGAGCCCCUGCAAUUUUGGUAGUAACUUUCGCAUUUUCGAGCAGUGCGCGCCAACCCUGCUGCGUUCAGAGAAGAGG